CGCGGGUGAAAUGACGCGUAAACAUAUAUGGUCACAUCCAGCCAACUCUUGGAUUACAUAAACCAAGGUAAAACACGAAGCUUCGUCCAUACAUAGAGCCUCGUUUCUUCUGAUUCCCAGUCAUAAUAGCUGAUCCCAAACAACAAUGGCUCCCAGUUUGUUAGUGGCUUCACUAUGCCUCUUGCAAACAUACCCUGAGAUCCUCAUAUCCGUUACUUGCUUCUUUUUCUUCUACUGCUACCAAAAGACCAAGAAGGGGCCUGGGAUCCCAGUGAAUUGGCCAUUCGUAGGGAUGUUUCCAGCCCUUCUUGCCCACCUCCACCACCUCCACGACUGGGGCACCAUGGUCCUGAAGGAGAGCGGGUGCACCUUCUUCUUCCGUGGCCCGUGGUUCUCAGGCAUGGACAUGUUGUUCACCUGCGACCCAGCCAACGUCCACCAUGUCUUCAAUGCCAACUUCCUGAAUUACCCGAAGGGCGACGACUUCUCCGAGAUCUUCGACAUCCUCGGCGAUGGGAUCUUCAAUUCCGACGCAGAGUCAUGGAGAAGCCAAAGGAUGAAAGCCCAUAGCCUGAUUAGUGAUCAAAGGUUUCGGUCCUUCGUGUCGCAGUCGAGCCGAAACAAGGUGGAGAAGGGAGUCAUCCCUCUUCUGGAUCAACUUGCCAAGCAAGAAGUCGCAGUAGAUUUGCAAGAUGUGUUCCUAAGGCUAACCUUUGAUGCCACCUGUUACUUGGUUUUUGGCGUUGACCCCGGGUGCCUCUCUAUCGGAUUUCCCACAGUUCCAUUUGCCAAGGCUAUGGACGAUGCCACGGCGGCCUUGCUCUUCCGGCACACAGUGCCACCGGCGUGGUGGAAGUUGCAGAGAUGGUUCAGGAUAGGGGAGGAGAAGAAAUUGGCACUGGCAUGGGAAGUGAUUGACCAAUUCAUAGCACAAAGAAUUGCCGAGAAAAAGGAGGAGAGGAACAAAUCAAGAAGCCAUGAGGAGGCACCAAGAGAUCUAUUAUCAUCUUAUAUUGAUAAUUGUGACGACCUUCAUGUGGUGGAUGUGGAAAAUCCAAUGGAAUUGAAUAAGUUUCUUCGAGAUACAGCAAUGAAUUUUAUGAUUGCAGGGAGGGACACCACUGGUGCCGCCCUCACAUGGUUCUUUUGGUUGCUCUCAAAGAAUCCGCGUGUGGAGUUGAAGAUCCUGGAGGAAUUGAAGUCGCUACGAAAGGAGAGGUCAUGCUCAGAUGGCAUGACCCUAUUCGAUGCCGAGGAGCUCAAAGGGUUGGUCUACUUGCAUGCGGCCUUGUGCGAAUCCUUGAGGCUAUACCCGCCGGUUCCGUUCGAGCACAAAGGCGUGUUGCAAUCCGAAGCCCUUCCGAGCGGCCACAAAGCCCAGCCAGGAACGAAGAUACUGUUCGUUUUGUAUUCUAUGGGAAGGAUGGAAGGGGUAUGGGGAAAAGAUUGCUUAGAAUUUAAGCCGGAGAGAUGGAUUUCAGAGAAAGGGAAGUUGAGGCAUGAGCCAUCUUAUAAGUUCCUUUCAUUCAACUCCGGGCCGAGGACUUGUCUAGGGAAGGACAUGGCCUUCACUCAGAUGAAAGCGGUAGCGGCUGCAAUGGUGUGCAACUUCCAUGUUGAUGUGGUUGAAGGCCAUGUGGUUGAGCCAAAGCUUUCAAUCAUCCUUCACAUGAAGAAUGGCUUGAUGGUGAGGAUCAGGAAGAGAUCUGGCGCCUGAUGGUGCUGAAAUUGACGUGGUUUGCUCUGAAGCUCGACAUGUAACUUUGUGCCAUGGUUCCUCAGUAUGAAGGAUUUCAUGUUAUUAGCUUUAAUUGUCAUGCAAGGAUAUCUUAGAAAUCAUUAGGCAUACUUAGUCGACGAUGUCUGUAUAGCCUAGCCCAACAAAACCAUGCACAUGUCAACCAACCUAGAUAUACUUGUGCUUUAAGCUAGCCAAAAUAUGAGAAGUAACAGCUACUUGUAUUUUUAAUAAUGAAAUAUUAGCCAACUACAUGAAUAUUUUAGCCUCAU